GAUUUUCAUUAAUUGUCAUCAUGUCCGACGCGGAGCUUUCCGACAUCGCCGACGACGACGAUCUGGUGCGCCGUCACGAGGCCGCCGACCAGGACGAGGAGGACGACGGCGCAGCAGGUUCCGAAGGUGAGGUUAGUGCCAACGGCGGCGACGACGAUGCGGCGGCGGCCGACGAGAACCAGGACGCCCAACCCGUGCCCGUCAAGAAGAAGGGCACGAGGAAGAUGAUGGUUUUGAACUCGGAGAGGCUCAGAGGACCCAAGGGGGUUCACACGAUCGAGAAACUAUACGAGGGCUUUCAGUUCAAGGGUAAAGGACACGAGGCUGAAGAUCUCGACGGAGUGAUGAAGAGGCUCGAGUACUGGGCUUAUAGGAUGUUCCCCAAGUACGACUUCGAUGACUUUCUGGCCAAGUGCGAGACUCUUGGCUUCAAAAAGGACUUGCAAGUUCAUCUCAAGAAGUACAGAACCGGUAUGAUAACUUCUGACGAUAUACAGCCAAAUGAGAUCAUCCAGGAGGAUCCAGAAGACGAUGAGCCCUUACCGUUGAUGAGGACUGAAAGUGACUUAAGACAAACUGCAGAGAUGAGAGAACAAUUCAAUGAUGAGGCGUUCGAAAGACUGAUGGCUCAGGAGGUAGCACUGGUGGAGCAGGCUCACGCUGAUUCUCAGCAAACUCAAAUUCCAUGAAAAUUUUUAUACAAAAAAACAAACAAUGACUUAGUGUGAAGAUUCUUGUAGUUUUUAUAAAAGUUAAGAAUGUUAGAAAUGCAUUACAAUAGAAACAUAGAAUUUUUAUAGUUGUAGACGACAUUUUUAUUGAAAAUAAUGCUCAAUGCAUUUAGUGGUUUUGUUGAUAUUUAGAGGUAUAAAAUUAUAUAAAUAAAUGUAUUUUACUAAUAUAA